ACGACGGCACCGGUAACUGCAGCAGGGAGAGGCAAGGCGUUGUGGCCGAAGGCCCAGAGCAGCAUCGUCUCCCCCUCCACCGGACGACACACAGCGCCGCUCAUCCCGUCCCGGGCCGUGAGUGCGAACAAGGCCCACUAAGGUAGCAGACGCUCCUCCUCCCUCCUCCAUGCCCCGGUGCGAAUGCGAUGCGAAAUUGAAAAAGGCAUCCUCCUCCACUCAUCGCAAGUUCAAAAACCGUCCUCUUCCUCCUCCCCUCACCCUCCCCGCCCCCCGCCCCUACCAAGGAAGAAGAAGACAACUGACUGAGAGUGAGGAGAUGGAAGCAGCAGCUGCCCCCAAUUCCUCCCACUCUCGGAGGAUUAGUCCCGCCGCCCCCGUCAGAGUCGUCGCCAGGAUCUGCCCCGGCGGUGGAGGAGGAGGCUCCUUUCAGGUAGCCGCCCACGUCUCCGAUGCAGCAGAUUCCUCCUCCGCCGUCGUCUCUCUCCUCCCCAUCCACGAGGGCGCCCCGGCCACACCUGGCCCUGGAGCCCCGCCUCAGCGCAAGUAUCAUGAGUACAUGCUCGAUUGUUGCUAUCUCAAGAGCGACUCCUACCAUCACAUCUUCCACAGCGAGGUCAAGCCGCUCGUAGAUGCCACCUUCCGAGGCAACAACGCAUGUGUCGUCACUUGCGGUGCCACCGCCAAAACCCAUCUCAUCAUGGGCUCCCAAGGUCAACCUGGCUUGCUUACCAUGGCCAUGGCGCAAAUCCUCCACCUCUCCAAACCCAUCGACGCUCUUGUCAGCGUCUCCUCUUAUCAGGUGCUUCAGGAUAACCACGUCUUCGAUCUCUUGGAGCCAAAGGACAACGAGGUUCUCGUACUAGAGGAUGCCGAUGGAAGGACAAACCUCAAGGGCCUCUCCAGGGUCGAUGUCAAGUCAACUGAGGAGUUUGCGGAUCUCUGUUAUUGUGGUAGCGACAACCUCAAACAUCCCGCCAAAGCUUCCAACCAGUUACAAACUAGAGGCGGACACCAAGGGUUUAUCAUUUACAUUUCUAGGUUUGAUCAGCAAGGCAAAGAAUGCGCUGUAGCAAAGAUGAACUUUCUUGACCUGGCAGGCUAUGUUGAUCCCAAGCAGAAGAACAAUGGUGGAGGGCUUGCUCUACCAAACUGUAACAAGUCCAUGUAUGCCUUAAUGAAUGUUGUGCAAGCUCUGAACAGCAACCAGAAAUUCAUACCCUACAGACAGAGCAAGUUAACUCGUAUUUUGCAAGAUUCUUUAUGCAAGACAAACGGUGCUGUGCUGAUAGCAUGUUUGGAUGAAGUUUGCAGCAUAGAUGCAGUUUCUACUCUAAGCUUGGCUUCUCGCUCGAGCCAAGUGGUCAAUCAACAAUGCUACAACUUAUCCUCAGGUACUAGAAGUUCUUCAAAGUCAAAUGUAAACCUUGCAAGUGCUAAGAACUUGUCAAGAUCAUUACUGCCUUCUAUCCACCAACCAAGUUCUGUACUAGAGAAGCACGGCGGAACCCAAUUCAAUAACAGUGCAGUAAAAGCAAGUCGAACCCUCACUGCCAAUAAGAGGUCUGAAGUAACCAUGCAGUCAGCCCAAAAACCUAGAAGCUCAGCCUUUGCUUCAACUAAUAUGAAGAAAACACACGUUAAGCCUGUCCUGAGUGGAAGGAAAUUGUUCUGUCCAGGUCCCAAUUCAUCAAAGGAAGAUAAAAUAGUUGCUGCGCCUGCGCCAACUGUGGUAACAAAAACUGAGAAGUUACAAUCAUCACUUGGCAUGGAAAUUCAAGCCCCAUUACCAGCUGAGGGAUGCGGUGAAAUAGAAAAGGUUAUAGAUGUUGUAUCAUCUGAAAUGCAAGAACUGGUACCUUGCAGCAUGCAAGAACUGAUAUCAAGUAGUGUGCAGGAAGAGGACUAUUCAUCGUCAGAUUUGCAUGCAGAGCAUUCAUGUACUACCUUGGGUGAGACAUGCUCAUCUGAUGUAGCCAAUGACCUUAUUGAGAAGACUCCUGUCGGUGCUAUUCAAUCCUCUCCAAAGCUGAGUGAUCGACUGAAGGAGAUAUCGAACUCAUUGAAGCUUCUUAGCACUAGGCCGGUGAGCGUAACGAAUCAUAAAAUAGACAUGGUUCGUGCCCAACACUUUAACACAGAUUUACCUGAACCAAAAACUCCUGCGAUUCACUUGAAAUUUGGGCAUGCCGAAGACUCACAUGAGUUACUCAAGGCUCGCAGCACAGGGAUUCAGAAAUCUCUGGCUCAGGAGUGUUUGGCAUUUCUAAAUAGCGCUAAUAAGGAGCAGUUAAAAAGGCUAAAGGGUAUUGGAGAGAAAAGGGCAAGUCAUAUACUUGAGCUUCGUGAGGAAUCACCAGAGCUGUUUAAAGAGAUUGAUGAUCUCAAAAACAUCAUUGGGAUGAAUAAAACGCAGAUCAAAAAUAUGAUUUCAGGGAUGAUUGUGGACUCAUAGAUGGACAAGGGCUCUAUCCGAAUCUUUUCCACCUAGGAAAGGGGGCGUAAAUGAUUGAUAUAUUCUAUGUUUCUUCUUUGAGAAUGCCAAUAUGUUUGAUUUCAAAUGUUUUAUUUUGGUGGUCGUGGUUGAGGGAUUGCUGAAGAACCCUACUGUUCUUGGGUGUUGCUUGUGAAAUCAUUGGAUAUAUCUGUUGCUAUAUCUCUUGUAGUGUAAUCGUGUACCGUGCUAUAAGUUUUAUAUAUGAAAUAUGCUGUGUAAAUGCAA